GUUCGUUUCUUUAAUAUGAGGAUGAGUAGUGAAAAAAGAACACUUUGGAUUAUCGUUAGGAUUGGUGAUGGUGAGGAAUAACUCCCCACGCAACUCGCAUUUUUUGAACAAAUUGGUUCCUUGUCAGAUUCAAGAAAUAUUUCCUUAUUUAAGUUUUUAAUUAAGCUUAAAAGUCGCCUCAUCUCCGUUAAUCUAUUUUAAGCUUACUCUUACUCAUCGCCUUUUUUGUGUUUGUGAAUAGAAGUGUCUGAUUUAAAACAAUUCCAGUUCACUGAAGCAACGGAAGAGGAAGAUGAAACAUACGCCAAAGCUAAGUUCUUGGAGGUGCGUCAUUUGCAAUAUCAAAUAUGCAUCGCUGAUAAGCUUACUGAUUUUUUCAGGGCCCCCGCAGGGGGAGGGCCUCUGCGGGAGGGGGGGAGGGGUGUGGCAGGGACCCCCACUUUUUGAAAAAUUAAUAAAAUAAGUACAUUGGAACCUCGAUAUAACAAAGGGCCAAGGGAAGUGAGUGGCAAAAUACGUUCGUUAUAACGAGGGUUGUUAACCUAUACCAAGAUAUCAAGGUUCUUUUUACUAUUGCCCUAUAUUUUACCAUUACUGGAGUGAAAAAAAUAGUUCGUUAGACCGAGGACAUCGUUAUAGAGGUUCCACCGUAAUAUACAUUUCCAUAUAAAUAGUAUCUUUGUUGGAAUAAGAAUCUUCCAGCAUCUAAAUUUAUUAGUGGUCUGUUUCGAUCCCAUCAGUCCAAUGUGUAGCCUCAAAAUGCCUAUCUUCACAAAACUGCACUUAGUCCUAGUUUUCUGCAUUUUCAAACCAGCAAGGCUAUGUAGUAUUUGCCAUGAUGCAGAAUAAAGUCUUUUUUGAUGAAGCCUGGUUCNUACAUUUCGAUAUAAAUAGUAUCUUUGUUGGAAUAAGAAUCUUCCAGCAUCUAAAUUUAUUAGUGGUCUGUUUCGAUCCCAUCAUUCAAAUGUGUAGCCUCAAAAUGCCUAUCUUCACAAAACUGCACUUAGUCCUAGUUUUCUGCAUUUUCAAACCAGCAAGGCUAUGUAGUAUUUGCCAUGAUGCAGAAUAAAGUCUUUUUUGAUGAAGCCUGGUUCUUGAUUAAAUUUGAAGACUACUCCAUGAACUACGAUUUCUUAACACGAAUUAUGUCAGCUGAUGAUGUGGUCUCUGAUGCAUUUCGAUGACAUACUAGACAAAAUGAAGGGGUUACAGGAACCUACAGGGCGGGGGGUGGGGGCUAGGGAAAAAGAGGGAGUCUCCAGAUUUUAGAUCUCCACAGGUUGGUAUCUCUGUACAAUGCACACCCAGGGUUGUCAUAAAGAGGCGGGGGCCGGGAAUUUCCCCCAGCUACUAAGAGAGUGGCCCCCGGCUACUUUUAUUGGAAAAUAGAAGAAAAAUAGAACCAAAAGAAAUCCCUAGCUGUUUAAUUCCCCGCCUACUUGUUGUAUUUACCCCGGCAACUUGAAAUCUUAGUGACAGCCCUGCACACCGGCAAAUUACCGCAUUCAAUUUAUUUAUUGUUUUUUCAGGCUCUUGUUGAACAGCUUGACAUAUCUGUUAAAGAGAAAGGAAAUGUUCUUAAGGUAGCACUGUACUGAUCUAGUUCUUUAAGUAAGAGGGUAUGCAUUGUCAUUUAUUUUUCAAUCAUGAUCAUUGACUCCCUUUUGCACCUUAAGUCUUAGUGUCAAAAUAUGCAAAUAGGUAUGGUUCAUAUCAGUCAGCUAGCAAUCCAACACAUCGUCAGUGGUUUUAAUCAAGGUUUGAAAUUAUAAUGUUGACUUGCUUGUCACAUUUCAUUUUUGAUUCUUACUCUUUUUUUGGUUUGUUUGCCUGUUUGUGUCUUUGUUAUUAAUAUAAAUAUAUAUUUUUAGCGAGUGUGUGUUUUUGUUUAGAUUGUACAUGUGAAAUCCUUGGGGAACUUUAGGUACAGUGAAACCCCUGUAUAACGAACCCCGCCAUAACAAAGACCACAUUAUGACAAAAAACAUCUGAAAGCCGACAAACGACCCCUGCUAUGAUGAACCCUGCUAUAAAUAAUGACAAAAUCCUCACUAUAAUGAAUAGAAUGACAAUUUACCCCGCUGUAACAAAUAUUUUGUCUGGUCGUUAGCAGCAGUCAGUAAAAACGACAGAUUUGAGUUGAAAUCACAGCUUGCUUCAAUUGAAAGUGUUUUUGAAUCUGAUAUCUUGAUCUUCAGCACCAUACACUUACAGUAUCAUAUUAUGUUUUCUACAUGCAUUAUUGAAUUUUGGUAAUUGUUAUUUAUUAAAUUACCCCGCUAUAACAAUAUUUUUGCUGUUAAUGGGGUCUUCAUGAUAACGAAGACCCCGCUACAAUGAACAAUUUUUUUGGUACUGUGGCACUUCGUAAGAGCAGGGUUCCACUAUAACUGACUCAAAUAACCUUCAGCUGUUUUCUUUUUUCUUUUUUGUUUUGUUUGUUAUUGUAACAGUUGAGAAACGGAAGAGGAUCACUGAUACCUUUAAGCAGGCGAACUCCAGAAAAUACUGUAACAAGGUUAGUUCUGCUAAUAUUUUAGAUGUCCUUUUUUCCCUAAAGACAUCUAAUUGGAAGGAAUUUUUAUUACAGUAUAACUGGAAACAUAAACAAGUUUUCUUCCAAAAUAUUUGAGGUAUGAAAUAGCCCAUUUUACAGUUACAGUGGGAAAUGAGGCUGGAGUUGACCUUGUUUUGAUACAACCAUUCCUGUUUUCUUCUGUAAACCAUGUUGUUCUUAUGCUAAUUAAUAAUAUUUUUUAAAGCAUAGUUUGCAUAAGAAAGGGAAAAAUGUUUUUUAUCAAAACAAGCUCUACCUCAGCCUCAAGGUCACUCAAAGGCUAGGAUACUAACUAACCCCACAACUGUAAAAUGGUGUAUUAACCAACCUUAUCAGUCAUUUGUGCCUGGUUACAAGGUCAUCACAUGACCUAAGGUCUCACUUAGUUUGUUUAGGCCAUUUUAAAGUUAUAGAUGGAAAUGAGGCUGCAUGGAGUUGACCUUGUUUUGAUACAACCCUUCCUGCUUUCUUAUGUAAAUCAAGCUGCUCUUAUGCAACUAGUAUUUUUCAAGCAUAAUUUCCAUAAAAAAAAAAAACAAAUAAAGGAGGUUUGUCUCAAAACAAGGUCAACCUCAGCCUCACACUCAAUCGAAGGCUAGGCUACGAAGUGCCUAACUGUAAAAUCAUCUAUUCUGCAGUGAUAGUGAGCCACCAGUUGUUUACCAGUCACAAAAGGUUUCAGAAAAAUCCAGUUGGAAGGUCAUUUCAGUAAAAAAAAUUCUGAGAGCAACAGUAUUUCUGAAAAGACAGUCCUUUUUUCCAGUCAAAAUGUUUCAAAGAGAAAAAUUAUGUUCAAUAACUUCAAAGUCAUCCUUGAUACCAGUUUCAGUCUUUCAUGGUCAUUUUUGUAGUAAAUGGAAUUGAUUUGUGGAAAUGCUAAAGGUGAUUCCAAAUCAAGAUUUACCACUCCUGAAUAUUGCUUACCAAAUGUUAACAUUUGCCCAAACCAUGAACUGCCAUUUUUCCAGCUGAGGUUCCUUGUUGUGUAGGGCAACUUCAAACUUAUCUUCAGUAAUAAAGUACCUUUGUAGUUAAUUUGGAUUAAAACUGUUAAGUUGCAGACUCAUGAGUGAAAGAAAAAAUUUCCCAGGUGGGAUUCAAACUAGUCUGCAUUGCAGAUGAAACUAUCUUCUGAGUAGUUAAAGCUAUCUGCCGAACAGCUUAUAGAGUAUACAUUGCAAUGAAAGUAUUGAUCUUUACAGAAUUUUGUCUACAUUAAUUUUGCAUUACAUGUAGGAUGCUAUCAAAAGUUAACAGUAUUUUUGUUUUGUUCGAACAGCCCUUAUGUUCUUGAAGUUUGCAAGAGACACUCUUCAGGUAAAAACUAAAACCUUUUUAAGAAAUCAAAAUUCCAAGUUCUCUUAAACAAUUUUUUUUUUCAAAACUUACAGGCCUAAAUUUCAAAGUGCAGUUUUCACAUAAGUGUCACUAGUUAUUUGCUUUGUCAUUGCAUUCAAAGUAGACAGACUGCAAAUUAUAUUAGUUGCUAAAAAAUAUAUAUCUACGUGUCGCAACUGUUCAUCAGUAGGAUGCCCAAAUUUUUCUAAGAAUAAUGAUACAGAAAAGAAACACAACAUGUCACGUACCAAUCUGCUGUUGCUUGGGUUUGCCUACAUACAAUAAAGAAAAGGGAGUUUAAGUGAUGGCAACAGCAACAGCAGCAAGAACAACAAAAAAGCAAUGACUUUUAUUAUAAAAUGCGAAUGCAUUGUACUUUAUUAUUAACCUUAAUGUCACGGUUAGUACAUAACUUUGAUGAGUGCCAACAUUUGACGUAUUGAAUGAGGUGAGAUAAUAGGAGUGAAAUUCUAGAAGCAGAAUUUUCUCUUAGAGUUGACUGAAUUUGAAAGACUUGGACAAAAUAUUGACAAUGAUACUUCAUCCUCCACCCACCCUGCCCCCCUUCUUCAAGCAAUGUUGUCUUCAAAAAAAGAACUUCACCCAUCCACCCAUUGUUUGUAAAAUUUAACAUUGUUUGGGGGUUGGACACGGAGCUAAUUUAACCAAGUGAGGUCCCAACACUUUAGUACCUCCAUUUUAAGCACAUUAUCAGUGAUGCAAUGUCCUCAAAAAAUUUGUCAGUUAAAUGGUUAAGUGACAUUUAUGCUGGCGUGGCAGUCGUGGUUGCUUAAGUGUAAACAGUUUUCUCAACUGUGUGUCAUCUUUUCAGUAAAACCCUGUCCCAGAAGAGCUGAUGUUCCAAGUUACAAUGAGACUUACAAGAGGAAGUUACAGUUGUUUGGCAAAAGGGUGUGAAACAGUUCGUUUAUGUCAUUUCUAUAAAUUUAUAUGUUGUAAUAAUCAAAUGUGUAAGCUAAAACCAAUAAGAAGAAGUGAUUUUUCCGGGAUCAUCAUGAUGUACCAUUGUUAAGGUAAAAAUAAAAAACAAACGUAUUAUGCAUAGCUACAUGUACAAUCGUUUACCAAAUUAACAUUUAGUGAUGGUAACGAACGAAAACGUUACACAAAUACUUUUUAUGAUAUUGAGUACUACUGCACCUUGGAACUAGGUCAUUCAGUGGCAGAACUACACUUAAGGGGAGAUUUAGCUUAACCUAGGGAGCUCACCCCCGCAUUUUUAGAUCAAACCAAGGCCCAGGGUGUCCUUCUAAUCUGGAGGUCCCGAUUUGCCGCUACUUGGUGUCCGUUUCAGAGGGGUGUCCGUCCUAUACUGAGUCGUGUUCGGUAUGUGAGAAUUGACUGCAUUCACAGGCGAAUCCCAGGGCCAGCUUUAAAUUAAUUUAUUCAAAAUACUGGGAAUUUCAAUAAAUGGGGGCUCGCCAAGUUACAUAGCUUUUAUUUCAUAAAUCCAUGAGAAAUAGAGCUUAAGUAAAAAAAAAAAAAAAUCCAAAGCAUUCAAUGAUGGAGAUUCUACCGGUAUUUUUUUUUUAGCAGUCGUGACAGGUGCCUUGACGCAUCUAUUUACUAUUUACUAUUUACUGUGACAUGUAUUUUCAGAUAAGCAAACUAGAGGAGACGAUUCCGAAACUUUCUCACUUGCGAGAUGCAAAACUCAGUUCUGUGAGUAUUAACAGUUUAUACUGCCCUUUCACAACUUUAAUACUUUACAGUGUUAAAAUUGUGAAAGCAAAACUAACAACUGAUAUCGAAAUUUGAGAACUUUAAGAUACGAGUGUAAGUGUUGUUAACAUGUCUUCAUUUGUCUGCACUCGCCAUGAGAGAACAGACUCAAACAAUUUAACUUUAUCCUCAUAAUAUUAUGCCUUUGUAACCAACAAAGGUGAAAAAUAAUAAUCAUAGUGAGAAAUAAAUCGAAACAUUCAGUCUAUUGAGAGAAAUGAACACGUUGUUCAUAAGUGUGCAAGUUAGUCCCAUAGUAUGAAGCUAAAUUAGAUACAGUUGUGAAGUUCGGUCAAUAAUCAUCCAGCAAACUACAUAUGCUUUGUCGGUUGCGAAAGUGAAUCGCGAAUUUUUGCAAACUGCUCCAGUUUCAAAUCAUUGCUUUUGUUUUAUCCUUUUUUUGUUGUUGUUGUUUUUGUUUUUUGCUAUUAAUGCAAUUUAGUUCCUCUAAUCAAUAAAUUGUUGUUUUUCGUUUUCAACAAACAGGAGAUGAAACACUUAGAGCAGAGAUUGAGCUUCCUGAAUUCCAAGCUUCAGGUGUGUGACGUGUUUGACCAGCUCAUAACUGAUAAAGUAAUGAAGCUUGUAGUGCAUCAUCAUCUUUUCUUUGUUGUUCUUCCUUUAUACAGGAGGCAGAAUCAAGACAGUGGAAGGGGAUGUUUACCAAACAUCCUCUGUGGUAAACAAUUUCAGCGGAAUGUAUGUCGUGCAAGUGUUAAUAUAUACAUUUAUUUAAUUGUACUCUGUAACCUUGACGUAUGAUAAGCCAUUGCUUAGGCGAAGCCCUCAUCACAAAUAUUGUGUGUGACAUCCUUCUUUGUAGUUAUUUUGAGCGGCUUUGGACGGUGUUGCACAAGGAAUAUCUGAUAUAUCGGUCAACAAAGUUUUCAGUGAAAAAUAAUGGUUCCACUUCUUCUCGAUAUUUAGAAAUCGGUAAUAGUUUUGUGAAGUGACAAGAGAAUAAGAAGUCCUAUGCUAAUGAGGAAAACAAAGAUUCGUCAGUAAAAACCUCAUUUAGAUAACUUCUUGAAUAAAAAAACUCGAAAUGAAUUCUGGAACGUGUCCUUAAAUCACUUCAUCAUGAAAUAACCCAAUCAGGUAGGAACUCGAGCAACAUUUUUUUUU